UAGACUUUAGUUACAAAAUACAAAUACAAUUUCAAAAUACAUACAAAGUUUGGAAGUUCCAGAAUAAUUGAUCAUAUUUUGUUUACAGUAUUAUUACUUAUUAGUAUAACUCUACAAUACAGUGUACACCGUACCAAAGAAUAUAUUAACUCUAACGGGCACUAAACGUAUCAAAAUUCUGCCACCAAGUUGAGAAUGGUUUUCGUCAUAAACAAAUACACAAAAUAUUAUGUAUAGCCACGGAUUUACAGUAUUUUAAAACUAAGAUGGAUAAUAAAAAGUGGAUUAAAAAGGAAACUGAAAUAACAGAACCGAUUUUGCCAGAAUCCUUCAAUCUGCCAAAGCAUCAUGGUGAAGUGUACUCCCACUCAUGUGUGGACAACUCACAACCUGAACUAUUAAUGAAACAGGAAUGUAAAGAGGAGAUAGAUAUUGUCGAACAUGAGUUACCAGAAUCCAUUUAUCUGCCAGAGCAUCACAGUGAAGUGUACUUGACUGAUGACAACUCACAUCCUGGACCAUUAAUUAAACAGGAAUGUAAAGAGGAGAUAGAUAUUGUCGAACAUAAGCUACCAGAAACCAUCUAUCUGCCAGAGCAUCACAGUGCAGUAUACUUAAGUGAGGACAACUCAGAACCUGAACUAUUAAUAAAACAGGAAUGUAAAGAGGAGACAGAUAUUGUCGAACAUGAGUUACCAGACAAACGCCCAAAAGCUUCUAAGGUGUUGUAUGGUAAAACGAAAGCAAAACUGACCUAUUCUCAUAAUAAGAGUGAAACAACGGCCAAUAUAUAUAAGGAGAGACCUAAUAAAUGGCAGGCAGAUAAGAAAUCUAAUUCAAAAAGUUUUAGUGGAACAAUAUCCAAUCUUUCCACAGGAUCAAAAUACUCUACUACCGGGGAUAAUCCUUAUUCAUGUAAAAUGUGUGGUAAGAGUUUUGCCCAAUCUGCUACUUUGCAGAGACAUGAAAGGAAACAUACAGGUGAAAAACCUUAUUCAUGCAAUAUUUGUGGUAAGAGUUUUACCCAAUCUGGUACUUUGAAGAUACAUAGUAGAAUGCAUACCGGUGAAAAGCCUUAUUCAUGCGAUAUAUGUAGUAAAAGUUUUAGUAACUCUUCCUAUUUAAAUAGCCAUAAAAGGCUUCAUUCUGGUGAAAAACCUUAUUCAUGCAAUAAUUGUGGUAAGAGUUUUACCCAGUCUGCUCAUUUAAGAAGCCAUGAAAGAAUACAUACUGGUGAAAAACCUUUUUCAUGCAAUACUUGUGGUAAGAGUUUUAGCCUUUCUGAUGCUUUAAAGAAACAUAGUAGAAUACAUACCAGUGAAAAACCAUAUUCAUGCAAAGUAUGUGGUAAGACUUUUAGGGCUCCAAGCUCUUUGAAAGUACACAAUAAAACACAUACCGGUGAAAAACAUUCAUGCAAUAUAUGUAGCAAGAUUUUCCAAACCUAUCGCCAUUUAAGGACACAUAAAGUAAUGGAUUGCAAUGAAAAAAAUUAAAGCUGAAAGACCUUAUUCAUGCAAUAUAAUGGUUUGAGGAUUCAUAAUAGAAAUACAUAAUGGAGAAAAACCGUACUCAUGCAAUGUUUGUGGCAAGAAUUUCAACCAAUUGCAAUGUUUAAAGAUGCAUAUGGGAACACAUACUGGUGAAAAGCAUUGUUCAAGUUAUGUAUGUGGUUUAACCAUCCAAUAUAGCUUUAUCCAAUCUGCUAAUUUGAAGGCACACAAAAGAAUACAUGAAAAAAAUCCCCGUGAAUACACUUAUUCAUGUUAUGUUUGUAUUAAUAAAAUUUAUGCUGAUGAUUUGAAGUAAUGAUAGGCAUGCUGGUGAAAAACCUUAUGCGUGCAAUAUUUGUGGUAAGAGGUUUAAAGGAUCUGGCGUUUUGAAGAGGCAUAAUAGAACAUAUAACUGGUGAAAAAAAAAGUGUGUGUGUACUUUUGUAUGCACGCAAGAAGUUAUACUUCUUUGGCCUAUCGAAGUAAAAAUCAUUAAAAUGAUUUAUUUCUCUUGCUAUUCUACGUUUAUAAAAAGAACAAUUUUGUAAAAACUCUUGCAAAGAUGGCUUUGACAAUUAAUUUGACGCAAACUUCAGAAAUUUUUCGGAACCAACUUCAACCAAGUACAUUUGUAUUACAGUGAUGCGCGCGCAUCUUAAAACUGCACUCUCAGCAUUUUUGAAGUAAAACUUCUUUAGGCGUGACUUGGGGGUAACUCAGAAUUUUUUUCUGACGGAAGUAACGCUCGGUACAAAAGUCAAUUGAAAUAAUUUUUUAAGCCGUUAUAAUUUAAUGAUUUAAAAAUAUAUUAAAUUAGUAACAUUUUUUUAAAAAUCUCCAUGUGUUUUUAUUACUACUAUUGCAAUAAAUAAUAAAUAAGAUAUCAGAAAUUUUCUGACAUUCGUUAAUUUGUUUUCGGUUUUUGUUUUCCGUUUCCAUUAUUAGGAUAGGCAAAGGGUUCGAGCCCAUACAGCCAUAUUUGUUAAUAUUCAAUAACAACGUCAUAUUUAUAUGUGCUAAUAAUAAUAUAACCUUCAAUUUCUUAUUAUCAAUUAUUUUAUUAAUUUGUGAAAAUUUUAAAAUGUGCGAUAGGACAAUGAA